AGUCACUGCCGCUGAGGCAGAAUAAUGCCGUGAGUUCAGUCGCGAAAAAUAAAAUGGAAUCCCUGAUCCAGAUAAUGUGCAGUCUACUGUGAUGUAGAAAGUGCUUCUUUGCUUUCUUUCUUUAAUGCGUGCAGAGAUUUUCCGGGAUCUUCCAGAAGCAGACUCAACCAGCAAGUCACUGCUUGCUCACUGUUGGAACAGAUUGCAUUGUACGACCCUGGACCCCAAAUCUUCCCUCGAAUGAUGAAAUUACAGCCUAGAUCACAGAUGCAGAUCCUCCAUUGGUUUCAGAUUCCAUGCUGAACUUCCAGCUCUGCCUGCAUCCUUUCCUCCGUCCACCUCUCCCGAGCCGUCUCCUCUCCGGCUCGUCUUCAUAGUCUCCAGGCUCCGACACCAAGUUUGAAAGCAGUUUGUGAGUGGCUGGCCACGAGACAUUGCCUUGCUACUGCUGCUGAUCGAUCAUCCUGUGAUCGACUCGGACUGGUGUAGCUCGCAAGGUGCAAGCUACGGCUGUGCCAACGAGAGUCUGUGAGUUGUCCUUCUUCCUCCGAUAGCAGCCACUGAAGCUCAGAAUUCGGAUCUUACUUCAGCCUUGAAGAAGAAGGGCCUCAUUUUUGUCCCUUUGCACCGUCCUCUUCAUUCCUCCGGGAGGUGUUUGCACUUUUCACGAUAUGCUCUCCCGGGUUCUGGUAGACAUUCCACCAUCCCCACGAGCCCCGAGCUCCUAGACAGCCAGCAGCGAGCCAGCCCUAGUCAACUGGAAUUCAGCACAUCUCUGGCUGCUCCCGGGAGUCAAGUCAACUCAUGCCUCGGAGAGAAGAUGUUUGUUGUAUUACAACAGAAACUUUGUUGACUCAAUUUUGAAACAUAUCUGGCUCCGAACAGAAGCUCGAUGACUGGCGCCACUAGCAACACUCUCAGGAAAUUUGUUGUGGCAGUGGUGUAAUGACAUUUGAAGGAUGAUGACGAUGACGAUGAUGAUGACGACGACGACGACGACAACGACGGCGCUCCUCGCUGGCAGCUUAUCGAGCGUGCAGGUGCAUCCCAAUCAACUGAAUCUUCCUUGCAGAAGAUUGCAGUGACUGCCCUCGGAACGUGGGUACACUUCUUCCAAUUUGGAAUGGACCAUAUCCAAAUUCAGACUCAAUGAUGCCCAGCUUACGUAUUCUUCAUUGCGAGAAAAUUGCAUUGACUCGAGCUCGAGAUGAGUCCGUCGUAGCCCCGAGCAGCCGAACGCUCCAGCAGAAGCGCAGUCCGUCAGCGCAGCGAUCGAUCACGAUGGACGACAACUAUCGGGAACUCGCUGCCGAGGGAGAAGAGUACGACCACGCUUCGUCCUUCGAGCCGGUCUCGUCGUUCGGAUUCGCCUACAACGACCCUCGAUGGUCCGACAGGGAGCUCCGGUUGAUCGUCAGAUCGGAUUUCUCCGGAGCGUCUCUGGACACGAGCAUUUCAAGGAUCGACAUCAAAUGCGCAGUUCAUGUGGAUCCAGACGAAGAGGAGGACUUCGUCGACGAUGACGGCAACAUUUACGAUCAGUUCGAUGUCGAAACAGUCAAAAUUCCUGUCAAUUCAGUCAUUCUCGCCAAAGAAUCUCCAUUUUUCCGCAGCCUUUUCGGAGGCAAUGGGUUUCGAGAUUGCAAUUCUCACACCGUCGACAUUCACAUCAAUCCUGAGGAGCGGUGCACGUUCCACGCGAUGAUCGAGUGCAUGUACACGAACAGCGUAUCGCUGACGGAGGUGGAGGAGUUCAUCUCGCUGUGGGGGCUGGCAGAGCGGUUCCUGGUGCACAACUGCUCGCAGCUGUGCCUGAGGAGGCUGCGCGACAUGCCGCUGGACCUGGACCAGGCCAUCCGCAUCCACGAGGCGGCGUACAACUCGAAUCCGUCGGGCGAGCUGCGCUCGGUGAUCGAGGCCAGCACGCACUUUCUGAUCCGGCACUUCAAAAAGCUGAGCUUCGUGAACUCGAAGCCCACCUCGAAGCAUAGCCGCGAGAGCAACAAGGAGCUGCUGCGGGACUUCGUGUCACUGGCCCAGUCAGCGCUGCGAGCCCUGCUGGCGAGUGAUGACCUGGAGGUGGAGCGCGAGGAGAUCGCCUUCUACGCGCUCAUUCUCUGGGUUAAGGAGAACACGUUCUCCGUGGCCGAGAGCCAGCUCAUGAUGACGCAGCUGGCGCCGCUCAUCCGGUUCCCGUUCAUGAAGCCCGACGUGCUGAGCGGGCUGCUCGAGUACCCGGAGCUGGCGUCGCCGACGUGUCAGGAGCUGGUGAUCCAGGCGCUCAAGUUCCGCACGGCGUCCGAGGACAUGAAGCACAAGCUCCGCGGCGACGGCGCGGGCCACCACCGGCGGUUCGAGAAGCGCAGCGGGUACCUGAGGCCCGUGAACUGCCUGGUGCUGGAGCAGCCCAAGAAGCAGGCCGUGGUGCACUUCGACACGUCACCGGCCGAGCUGGAGGCGCUGCAGCCCAGCGGGCACCUGACCUUCGAGGGCUUCCGCGUGGCGGGCAGCGUCUUCGCCUUCCAGAUCCACCACGUGUUCACGGCGUCCACCCGCAAGAAGGUCGGCCUCGACCUGCGCCUCUGCGGCAGCUCGCCCGCCGGCCGCAUCCAGGCCGAGCUCAACAUUUCCGUCUGGUCCGUGCCGCUCAUGAUGUUCGUCCACCGGUUCCACGCCAAGCACACCUUCCAGGUCGACAACCCGCUCCUCCGCUGCGCCGACCUCUUCGGCAAGGACCUGGCCGAGCUCCUGGCCGAAAAGAGCCAGUGGGUCUGCGACGGUCGCAUUUUCCUCCACGCCGAACUCUCCAUCCGGUCCUAGCCGUCCCGCGCCCCGCCCCCUCGGUCACGCUCCUCGCCGCGACCGUCGCUGCUCUCAUCUAGGCCGAGCUUAAGAAUCUGCCGAUUCCUCGUCCUCGUCCAAUUUCUCUCCCUCAAUCUCUCGCUCGCUCCUCUUCCGAGAUCGGUAUCCGCUUUUUCUCUCGUGGCGAUGGCGCGGGGCGCGAGUCGAUCGGAUCCGUGAGUAUCUUGAGGCCUCUUGGUGGUGGAUGCAUUUUUCUCCGAUGUCAGAGUUGCAUGCAUUUCAUGCGCUGCCGCACAAAAGUUGUUCCGUCCCGCUCGAGAAAUAGAAUUGCGUCUCGAGGGGCGCGCGAGAAUCAUUCGGGAGCGUUCGGAAAGCAGACGACGGAUAAUUAGCAAUGCAUGCGCUUGACAAAUAAGGAGUGCUCGAAAGUGCCUCGCUCGUCCUGGAAACCAUUUUUUCUCCAACUACCUGCAAUACUCAAAGGUGUCAGCCCCUUUUGACUAGGUUUUAGGAUUUAAGGAUUACGGAGUGGUUGAUGGAGAGGUCAAUCGUGACACUCGUAUUCUGUAAAUGAGGGGGGGCGCGUUUCGAUGCGAGGAGAAAAGGGGGAUUGACAAACCUAUGAUGCCAGGAGAAAAGAGAGCCCGAAGACUUUCGGAAGGUUGUUUCGACAUCGGUCAUGAGUGUGGUAGGACCCGCAUUCCAUUCCAUUACUUGCUGUGUUCACAGGUAUCCCGAAAGUGUAUCGAUCUGAAGGAAUGUGACCGGCGAGGAAGACCUGGUGAUGCAGUGCACCAAUCCAGAGAUCAGGAUAGAACUAGACUUCUUGACACCAUUCAGAGAACAUAAACUAAGAACUCUCGUUUAUACUGCCAUAGGCCCAUGAAAGAGUCGCAUCUCGAACUCUGACCAUGCUUUCACAAAAUGUUGUCAGUUCUUGAUGCAAGAAAAAUUUCACUGACGACCAGGGGUCACCUACCGCAUGGUCAGUGCACAUACUCCAAUUGGUUCUGGCUCAAAACUGGUUUCCGGUCACAAGAUUGCAAAAUGUGUUCCAAAGAAAGCUUCACUUCAGUCAGCUAAAGCGGCGAGAACAUGAAACUUUGGUUUGAAUCAGUCUGGUUUCAACAAACCGAGGUUUGCAGAAGAGCGUUAUGCUUGAAGUGCCAUCGACAGCAAAGACUUGGUGAUGCCACAUGACUGACUUUGACAAUCGAUAUUAUGAUAUCUCUUUUUGUUCAUUUCAACGAUCCCUGGCAUCGGUGACGCAUGUUUUUUGUUAGUUUAAUGCUUAGACUUUGACCCAAAUAAUGAAUCCUCCGACGACUUUAGAGUGAACUGCUGCCUAGGCUGCUAAUUUCAACAUUCCCAAGGGAAGGCAAGUCCACGCUGACCUGCCCUGUGACAUAUCGACAGAUGAGAACGUACGCUUUUGAAUCAAUACCUGAAGUCGUCGUUGCCCUGACACCACAGUUUUAUACCUGUACCAGGGUUCCAUCAAACUAAAAAAUUCCACAGUAUUGAACUUCUCAAAAGUUCUAGAAGCUUAUCCCCAUUCAACGGUGUUCCUUGAAUUUAUUGGUGACCUAUUUACCAUCGUAAUGCUAUUGGGGCUUAGCCUCAUGUACCCGCCUUUCAUUUGAUUAAUAUAUGCACGU